AUGAAAGUGUUUGUGGUGGUUCUUAUCAGUGUAGCGCUCCUGCAUCAGGAAGCGAACGCCGGUCCUAUAUGGGACCGCGCACGUCGCAUGUUCGGUUGGGAUAAGCCCGAGGAGCAAACUCAGAACCAGGCAGUGGCUCCACCGCCGCACUCGUACGGCGGACCACAAGGAUAUCCCGCGAGUGGACCGCCCCAGAAGGCGCCGGCUUACGGCCCACCGGCUCCUCCCGGUGCCUCGCCGGUCGCUUCUGCUCCCUACUCCGCUCCUGGAGGCUACGGCAGGCCGUCGUACCCCCGGCCCGGCCUCCAACACACGUCAAGUGCCCUCUACGGAUCUUACGCUUCGCCUUCGUACGCCGGACCGACUUACGCGAAGGCGCCUUACGGAUACCCCUCCAGCGCAGGAUAUCCUGGCUCCGCAUACGCUAGCGCUGGAUAUCCGAGCGUCCAAGGAUACGCUUCCUACGGUUCCCAGGCCGACUACGGCUCGGCUCCUUCUGCCAGCAACAGUUACGGCGGUCUCUUCUCGGUGGUCGACCAGACGAGCCAGAUUGGACAACUCGCUAACGGCGAUCUCGCCGCCUCCCCGUCCGAAUCCUACAGCAGCAGCAACGAGGACGUCAUGAAGUCCCUUCUGAAAAUGGUCGACAAGCCCUUCGAUCUCGAGGCCGCCGCCACCGCCGCUGGAAGUCACUACUACCAACAGAACCCCCAUCUCGCUUUCAGCCCCGGACCCCAUCCCAUCAUGGAAGCCGACAGGAACGUGAUUCGGUACCGCACUUCGCCCAUCCAAAUCGGAGUCGCGGACGGCUAUGGCAACCAGCACGUUGUCGGACAUGCCACGGGGCUUUCAAGCUCGUACGGUCACGGUAUCGACACUUCCGCGUACACGUCCUCGGGACUCGGGUCGAGCGGACUCUCGUCCGCGUACGGAGGCGAUCUGCACACGGCCGCCAGCUCCGCGAAGAAGAGCGUCUCGUCUUCUUCGCAUUCUCGCAAGCAGUAA